AUGAGUCUCCUGGGCGCGGGUUAUGACAGCGAGGGAGAAGAUAGCGCCGAAGCGCCGGAGCAGAAAGCCAGGGAUGGAGAGCCAUCGCCGCCAGGGGAGCCAUCUCCAGACAGUGGUGUCGAUCCGCUUGCAGAUGAAGCCUUGUUGAAGAAGCGGAAGAUCGACUACUCAAAGCUGCCAAUGUCAAGGCGGCCAAGUUUCGAGACGCCACCACCAACCGAGCCAGACGAGGCUCCUUUGAAGAAGGCAGCGGAGCUAGCUGCCAAUCCAGUUGGCCAGAGUCUGCUGGCAGCCUUGCCUCCCCCUAAGGUGACAUUGGGAAGGGAAACAGGGUCAAGCUCAAUUCGGCUUGACUUGGAAGAUGUGAGACCGGCCAGGAACAAAAGCACGGUACCGGUGGAGGGCCUCCUGCGACCAGACAACUUCACGGACUUGGACGAGGAGGCAGCGCAAGUGCCAGACAAUGUCCUCAACCAUCCCAUGUUCUCAGUUGACACGGCACAGCCAGAUGGUCCAUCUGCAGAUGACCUUUUAGAAUUGAGGAAGCCACGACAAUUUGUCGAGGUCAACGCAGAUGACAUGAAGGACCCCGACUGGUACAUGAAGAACCAGAUGGCUGGUGGUCCAGGGCUUCUGACGAAGAAACGGGUGGCAGACGAUGUCUCCAUGUUUGAUGGCAGGGGCUGGCGUGAGACCACACAUUCGAAUCCCAGCAAAGUCCAGAAGCGCAAGCACCAGAUCAAUUGGCUUGCAAAUGAAGCCCUGGAAAACGAAGCUGACAUGCUGGAGCGUGGUCAGCAAAGGAUUCUGUCCAAGGCACAGACACACGCGAAAUAUGGCUGGUAA